ACGAUGGUUUGUUCCUUUUGACAUUUCGAGUUCGAUGUAAAAGGACACGCGAACGUAGGCAAAGUAUCGCCAACGUUCGCUUUCUUUUAUCAGUUAUGUCUCGAAAUAGACACCAUGAAGAGACGGACAAACUUACGCGUAUCGCUAUCGUGAAUGCGGAUCGUUGCAAGCCAAAGAGAUGUAGGCAGGAGUGCAAAAAGAGCUGCCCUGUGGUGCGCAUGGGCAAGCUCUGCAUCGAGGUGACUCCCAACGACAAGAUCGCCACCAUCUCUGAGGAGCUCUGUAUUGGAUGCGGUAUUUGUGUCAAGAAAUGUCCAUUUGACGCAAUUACCAUCAUCAAUAUUCCAUCGAAUUUGGAGAAGCAUACUACUCACCGUUACUCCAAGAACUCUUUCAAGCUCCAUCGGCUGCCGAUCCCAAGGCCUGGUGAAGUGCUGGGACUGGUUGGGCAGAACGGUAUUGGCAAGUCAACUGCACUGAAGAUCCUUGCUGGAAAACAGAAACCCAAUUUGGGACGCUUUGCUGACCCUCCAGACUGGCAAGAGAUCCUGUCCCACUUCCGUGGGUCAGAGUUGCAGAACUACUUCACCAAGAUCCUAGAAGAUGACCUGAAAGCCUUGAUCAAGCCUCAAUAUGUGGAUCAAAUCCCUAAGGCUGUCAAGGGCACUGUGGGCCAGCUUCUUGAUAAGAAAGAUGAAAGAAAGAACCAGCCAGAAAUUUGUAGAAUGCUUGAUUUGUCGCACAUUCGCGACCGUGAGAUCGCAGCGCUCUCUGGUGGAGAACUGCAGCGUUUCGCUAUUGCCAUGGUAUGCAUCCAGAAUGGGGAUAUCUUCAUGUUUGAUGAACCUUCCUCGUACUUGGAUGUCAAGCAGCGUCUUAACGCCGCGCGCACAAUUAGAUCCCUCAUCCAUCCUGACAAGUUCAUCAUAGUUGUGGAGCACGACUUGUCAGUGCUGGACUACUUGUCUGACUUCAUUUGCUGUCUAUAUGGUGUUCCUGGUGCUUACGGAGUUGUGACUAUGCCUUUCUCUGUCAGGGAAGGCAUAAAUAUUUUCCUCGAUGGGUUCGUGCCCACUGAAAACAUGAGGUUCAGGACUGAGUCGUUAGUUUUUAAAGUCGCCGAGUCUGCCACUGAGGAGGAGAUAAAAAGAAUGAACCACUAUGAAUAUCCUGAAAUGUCCAAAUUCAUGGGUGACUUCAGCUUGAAGGUACAUCCUGGUGAAUUCUCAGAUUCCGAGAUUUUAGUGUUACUCGGAGAGAACGGAACUGGUAAAACUACGUUUAUCAGAAUGUUAGCCGGCAACUUGGAACCCGAUGAAGGUUCAGGCCAGCUUCCCCAGCUGCACAUUAGUUAUAAGCCACAGAAGAUAUCUCCCAAGUCCCAAGGACUGGUGCGCAGCUUGUUGCACGAUAAGAUUAGAGAUGCUUACAUACAUCCACAGUUUAUCACAGAUGUGAUGAAGCCAAUGAAGAUUGAAGAGAUCAUGGACCAGGAGGUUCAGAACCUCUCUGGUGGUGAGUUGCAGAGAGUUGCGCUUGUGCUGUGUCUCGGGAAACCAGCUGAUGUCUACCUGAUUGACGAGCCCUCUGCCUAUCUAGACUCCGAACAGCGUUUGGUUGCCGCUAAAGUUAUAAAACGAUUCAUUCUUCACGCAAAACGCACGGGCUUCGUGGUCGAGCACGACUUUAUAAUGGCGACGUACCUGGCGGACCGCGUCAUCGUGUUCGAGGGCACUCCGUCCUCGCACGCGACCGCGCACGCGCCGCAGUCGCUGCUCAACGGCAUGAACCGCUUCCUCGAACUGCUGGGCAUCACCUUCAGAAGGGACCCUAACAACUUCCGGCCCAGGAUAAACAAACACUCCUCUGUUAAGGACAUUGAACAGAAACGCGCAGGCCAAUACUUCUUCCUCGAAGACUAGAGCAGAGAGCGACAACUGUAUUUAUAUAUAUUGUAUCUGUCACAAUGGUGAUGGCCUGCCACCCGUGUAUUUCCAAUUAAAUGUAUUACUGUAAUAAAUCAUGUUUUAUACAACCACA